AACCUGGCUAGCUGAGGCCGAACACGCAAGCGGAAAUGUGUAAGUAAGAAACAAGCUACAAAGCAUAUUCAUAUAUAUAUGCGAUCCAUCUCAGGGAUGUAUAACAGACAACUUCAGAAGCCAAACAUCCCAAAACACAAAACCAAAGGCUUUUUUCGAAAGACUUAAACAUGAUAAUGAAGCCAACGACCUUCUUCUCUGCCUCUGUGGCGCUUUUGAUGUUCCAAUGCCUUCCGGUUCUCUCUGUCGCUCAGGACUUCGAUUUCUUCUACUUUGUCCAACAGUGGCCGGGAGCCUACUGCGACUCGAGGCAGAGAUGCUGCUACCCGAAGACAGGGAAACCCACAGCCGAUUUCGGGAUCCAUGGCCUCUGGCCUAACUACAAGAACGGCGGGUACCCAUCCAACUGCGACCGCGACAGCGUGUUCGACGAAUCCCAGAUAGAAGACCUGCUGCCGCAGCUGCAGAAACUCUGGCCGACGCUAUCCUGCCCGAGCGGCGAUGGCGUGAAGUUCUGGACCCACGAGUGGGAGAAGCACGGAACCUGCUCCGAAUCCGAAAUGGACCAGCACGACUACUUCGUGGCUGCUCUUAAGCUCAAGGAGAAAGCCAACCUGCUCCAAAUCCUCAAGUCUGCUGGAAUCAGGCCGGACGACGGGUUCUACGAGGUGGAGAGCAUUGUGGAAGCCAUAAAGGAAGGGACAGGUUUUAGGCCAGGGAUGGAGUGCAAUGUGGAUUCUUCGAGGAACAGUCAGCUGUAUCAGGUUUACAUGUGUGUGGACACAUCUGGGACAGAGUUCAUUGAGUGCCCUAUCCUGCCAAAGGGGAGAUGUGGUUCUUCAAUCCAGUUCCCCAGGUUUUAGGAGGACGAAUUCUGGAUUCUUUCAUCAUUAUGGCUUUCUGUUUUCUUGGAUGAUAACGUUGUGUUUAUUUUUAUCUUACAGCAUUUGAUUCUUCUUGUAAUAGCUGAGCGGUCAGCUUACAUGUGACAAAUUCGGGAACGGAUCGUGUCAGUAGCUGAUGGGUCACUGACCCAUCAGUAACUCCUUCUCUGAUCUCCACGUGUCAAUAUAUAUUUCGUUACCACCCAAUACCAUAUGGUAUAGUGUGGUAAUAUCAAUAUAUAUUUUGUUACCAGUUACCACACAAUACUAUAUGGUAUAGUGUGGUAAUAUCACACAAUACCAUAUGGUAUAGAGUGGUAAUAUCAAUUUAUAUUUCGUUACCAAGCAAUACCAUACAUUACCAUAGGAUAUAGUGUGG